CAAUGGAACUGUUGAAUUGUGCAGUUUAAAACACUUGAGUGCGAAGAUAUCGUUUUAUCUGAUAUUAACGAGGUUGAAUACAACGUUUUUUAAAUGCAGGAUACACGAGAGAGAAAUUGUAUUACUCUUGGGCACGAGACCAAUGAUCUUUAUGGAGUAGUUACUGGUAGAUGACCACGAAUAACUGUUAGAUGAAAAGAAAAGACACAUUUAUUGCACAAAUCCACAGUAGGGAAAGAAAUUCAACUACUACGGAGAUAGCUGCGUUCCUUACACAAGUACUUGUACUUUCGCCAAAUAUAAGGAUUUUUUUUCGUGGAUAAUCAAAAUCAAAUAAAACGUUAAUGUUGCAUGAGUGAAGAAUAGGCCAUACCUGGGAUAGCAUUAUAUAUUGGACUGUUGUUAUUUCGGCGAAAACGAGGAGGAAGAAUGUUUGCUCGUAGCAAAGAGGAAGAGGUGUAAUGCUGUUACCGUCACUUCGACCGGGAACAGUCACAAGUGGACUUACACUGCGUUUCAAACGAGAUGACUUCUGCAUGAAAUCGUGGGUCACAUUAAAAGGAAUACUUGGGUUAGAGGAAUAGCGAGUGUUCUACUAUAAGGCGCUAAUAUCGGAAUUUCAUCUGGAGACACGAUAUCUGACACCGAACUAAUCAUUUAACCACAGAAUUGGAGGUGCUUUAUUAACUGCGCACCACCAUGAAGAAAAUAAAGCACAUGCUCGGCAAGGGUGACGCGAACAUCAGCGGGCACUCGAGUGGUGGACAGAAUGACCAACCGUUCACCAUCUCGGGCCCGACGGACGUUAAGCACACACUGCACGCUGAACAUGACGCCCAGAGUGGACAAAUACAGGGGCUGCCAAAAGAGUGGUCACAGUGGCUGGUAGAAUCCAACAUCAGCUUAAGCGAUCAGAAGCAAAACCCAGGUUUGGUGGUCAAUGCCAUGAAGUUACUGGACAACCGGCACACAGCCACUGGGGAGAAAUACAUGGACUUUCAAAAAUGGAACUCCCAGGAUUCUCUUGACCACGUGAGUGACACAUCCUCAGAAAGCGGAGCCACGCCCACCGAUGACGACCAAACGCUGGGGUUUGACUAUAGACGAUAUCUUGUCUCGUUAUACGAAGACGCCGAGUUGAACCAACACUGUAUUGAGGAGAAAGUGGAGAAAAUGAGGCUAGAGCGAGACCAGGUGGUGGGCGGGACCACAGGUGUCGAACAGGACAAAGCAGCAGCGGAUAAAAAGGGUGAAAACGCGCAGCACAGUACUAAUGACGACAAGGAACAAAUCAAAAAGGGAACUCACGACAAAAUCGAAGAAAAAGACAAAGAUAAAAAGACGGAAAACAAAACCGAUGAAAAUCUCCCCAAAGCACAAUUGCGACAGAAAAAGAAGAAAAAGAAAAAGCACGAAUCCGCGGUAAAGAUGACUGAAAAAGAAAUCAUCAAGAAACUGAAUGAACUUGCAAAUAUGACGGACGAUCCACUGAUGCGAUAUAAUUUGGGAAAGAAACUUGGAGAAGGAGCAUCAGGAACUGUUUGCCUAGCUACAGACAUUACCACGGGGGGCACUGUGGCAAUCAAGAUGAUGGAUUUGGAGAAACAGACCAAGAAGGAAAUGAUCAUAUCGGAAAUUCUGGUGAUGAAAGAACAACAUCACCCACACAUCGUUAACUUUCUAGACUGCUAUUUGGUGGAGAAAGAGUUUUGGGUUGUCAUGGAAGUCCUGGAAGGUGGCGCUCUCACCGACGUUGUCUACGAGACGGUCAUGACGGAGGGACAAAUGGCGGCUGUUACAAAAGCCUGCAUCAACGCCCUGGCGUUCUUACAUUCCAAAAACAUUAUACACCGAGAUAUCAAAAGCGAUAACGUAUUACUGGGACAAGAUGGAGAGGUGAAACUUACGGAUUUCGGGUUUUGUGCGCAAAUUACUCCGGAGAGAAUGAAAAGAAACACGCUCGUGGGAACUCCCUAUUGGAUGGCUCCAGAGGUGGUAGCAAGGAAUCAUUACGGCAAGAAGAUUGACAUAUGGUCUCUCGGUAUCAUGCUGAUAGAAAUGAUUGAAGGGGAGCCGCCAUAUUUGACUGAAGCCCCGUUGAGAGCCCUAUAUUUGAUCGCAACCAAUGGAAAACCAGAAAUCAAGUCGGCAAACAGGCUGUCUCCAGAGGCGAGAGAUUUCCUGGACAGGUGUUUGGAGGUGGAUGUCGAAAAGCGAGCCUCCGCUGCACAGCUUCUUGACCAUCCAUUUUUGGCCAAGGCCAAGCCGCUCACGUCGCUGAAACCUUUAAUUGAAAAGGCGAAAGUGUGUGCCGCGAACAGGAGCAGUUAGAGAGAGAUGAAUUUUUUUUAGUUUGUUAAACGGAAAGCCAAACUAGUGACGUUUUCUGAAAACAUUUAUAGAAAGACCUCCGACCGGUAUUUGCCACGGCAAAAGCGAACACUUGUAAAAUUGGUGGCAAGAACCAGGCCACUCUCAUGGCGAGAUAUCAACUGUGGGCUGUGCAGUCAAAAUCGGCGAAAAAUUGUCCAUGAAGUUGAUAAACAGAGAUGGAAUGAAAGGAUUAAAUCUGCCUUGAUCAUUUGACUUUGUUUAAUAGUGGAUUCCAUAACACCAAUUCUAAAAGGAUUAUUUGGUAUUCUGCGACUACUGUUUAUUCUUACACCGCAUAAAUGCUGCGAUCAGCCUGUCUCUGCAUCAUCACCGAUUUAACAUUAAGAUCACCUGUAGACAGUCUCUCUAAUGAUGUAGUAUAUACCUUGGACAAAUCCAUUAUAGUACCUAUGUUGGACCAAGCAUAUGCAAAUAUAUCAGGAAAAAUUAAUUGAGGCCUGUUGUUAAUAAAGUACUUAGUAACUCUCCCACAAACUACACCCAUUUUUACUAAUAUAUUUGUUUUGUAUAUUAAAUAUGCAAUGCGUCUGGGAAAUGAACGGUUAAA